AGUGAUGCGCAAAGAAGACGUCUCCGACUCCGGCACAGUCCAGAAAACAAAAUGAAAUGAAUACAUUUUCCGGGGACCCAUGCCCUCUUCUUCCGAGUCCCGCGGAGAUGCCUGCACGUUUCAGGGACUUCUGCGGAGGAACAAUUAACUUUGGCAAUAUGUUUCAUUGGAUACUGUGCACAGGAGAGCCCUAUGGAAUAUAGCGCGCACUUUCACUCUCCUCAGCCGGUGAAAAACAAACUUUUUAUGUUCUGCAUCAUGCUCUCGCUAUGGGUCUACAUGCUGUACUGCUGCGUGGGCUACUGCUCCACCACGCCGACCUUCAUGAUGGACGAGAGAAGCAAUAGGAGAGCGCCCCAAAGACAAGACCCGGAGAUGCUUCUCAAAAGUCAGUCCAGGGACCUGCUGAACAACGAGAGCGAUGCCGACAGCAGAGGAGACGGCUGGGAGGAAAACAAGGGCGAUGCUGCUUAUGACGAGGAGGAAUCGGGGAUAGCAGGUGUCCUGAACGACUCCGAGAGCAAAAAGUUGCCCCAAGCGAUAAUAAUCGGGGUGAAGAAGGGAGGGACGCGCGCGCUGCUCGAGUUUCUGCGCCUGCAUCCUGAUAUCCGCGCCGUGGGAGCGGAGCCGCACUUUUUUGACCGCAACUAUGAGAAGGGACUCGAGUGGUACAGGGAACUAAUGCCCAAAACCCUGGACGGUCAGCUGACUAUGGAAAAAACCCCUAGCUACUUUGUAACCAAGGAGGUUCCGGGCCGGAUCCAUGCCAUGUCCAGAGACACCAAACUGAUAGUCGUGGUGCGAGACCCUGUAACCCGGGCCAUCUCAGACUACACGCAGACCCGCUCCAAAAAACCAGACAUCCCAUCCUUCGAGAGCUUGACUUUUAAAAACCUCAGCACUAAUGUAAUCGACACAUCGUGGAGCGCGGUGCAGAUCGGGAUGUAUGCUAGACAUCUGGAACGGUGGCUACAGUUUUUCCCCAUGAGCCAGCUGCUGUUUGUGAGCGGCGAGCAGCUGAUUAGUGACCCGGCCGGAGAAAUGGCUCGAGUACAGCACUUUUUGGGCCUGAGGAGGGAGGUGACGCACAAACACUUUCACUUUAACCCUGCCAAGGGCUUCCCGUGCCUCAAAAGACCUGAAAGCAACAGCAAACCGCACUGUCUGGGAAAAACUAAAGGCCGCACUCAUCCCAACAUUAACCCUGAGGUGAUUCAAAGACUGAGGGACUUUUACAAGCCAUUUAACAAGAAGUUCUACCACAUGACCGGCCACGAUUUCGGCUGGGACUGAUUUUUGCUGUUGUUGUUUGGAAAAUGAUGAAUUGUAAAAAGCAUAGAACUC